AUGGCGCCCGCAAAGCAGAAAGCCCAGAAGAUGUCUAUCGGCACCUUCUUGGCCGAUGAGAACUUUGGCUCUUGGGCCGAUGAAAUGGAGGACAUGCCUUUGCCUGCCCCUCCUUCCCAGUCUUCCUUUGGUGACCGUCGCUCCGCUGGACCUCCUUCCGCCGGAUUCGGUUCUGGAUUCAACGACCGUGGAUACGCUACCAGGGAACCCCUCCCUCUCCCGACUGAACCUCCCUUCACUGCUCACGUCGGAAACCUCUCCUUCGAUGCGACCUCUGCCGAUAUUUCGGACCUCUUCGCUGAGUGUGGUGUGACGAACGUGCGCAUUGUUGAGGACAAGUUGACCCGCAGCCCCAAGGGUUUUGGAUAUGUCGAGUUUGAAACUGUUGAUGGCCUGAAGAAGGCUUUGGAUCUCUCCGGCGCUACCCUCCAGGGACGUGCUAUCCGUGUCAGCAUCGCCGAGCCUCCCAAGGAGCGUGAUGUGAGAGAGCUGGAUUGGACCCGCCGCGGACCCCUUCCUGAUGCGCCUGCGCCUCAGCGCCGUAUCCCCGACCGCUCCACUUUUGGACGCAACCUCGAUACCCUCUCCGAUGCCGGCAGCGAGCGUGGUGGACGUCGUGGGUUCGAAUCGGAUGGCAAGGUCCGUGACUUCAGCAACUGGGAACGCAAGGGUCCUCUUUCUCCGACUGGCCCCGCGCGUGAAGGACGUCCUCGCACCAACGAAGGACCUGGCUUCAGAAGAAACUCUCCUGCGUGGGGUGAGGGCCGUUCUCAGGAUGGCUCCCGUCCCCCUCGCCGUGAGUUCCAGGAACGGACCCCCACCGCGGCCGAGCUCGAUAACUCGUGGAGAGCCAGAAUGCGCCCCGACCCGCCCAAGGAGCCCAGCAACCCUCCUUCGCCUGCCGCUGCCCCCGCCGUCCCGGCCGCCCCUGCGAGCCGCCCCAAGUUGAACCUCCAGAAGCGAACGGUCACCGAGGCUGUGGCAAGCCCUGUCGCCGGCACGGAGACGAAGGCUAGCAUUUUCGGUGGAGCGCGCCCUAUCGAUACCGCCACCCGGGAGAGAGAAGUCGAGGAGCGCCGUCAACUGGCCAUCCGCCAAAAAGCGGGAGGCCGACGAGAAGGCCAAGGCUGA